AGGAGGGUGGGGGGUCUCUCAGAGAAAGGAAGACAGACCUGCAGUUCUGAGAGAAUGAGAGAAGUUGGGUGGAUAGUGGUGUUUGUGAUGAUUUUCAUCAGCUGCAAUGCCCUCCUGGAUCUGUCUGGUGUCCACCAGGUCAAGGGCACAUGGAUGGGAUCCACCACUUUACCAUGUACCUACGUGCCUUCAGAAGGUUUCACAGAGCAAGCACUCAGUUGGAGUGUGGAGCGGGACUCUAGCACCUCUACCAUCUUUCGGAGGGAUGAUUCUGGUGACCACAUCUUGCUCUCUAACUUCCGAGAUCGAGUCAGCGUCCCAAAACACAGCCCAGGGAAUGUCUCACUCCUAAUUGAGAACCUUGAAAUGCCUGACAGCGGACACUACACCUGUCAAGUCAUCUGGAGGUCUACAAAUAACAGUUUGAUAACAAGGGAGGUGACCACUAUAGUUAAAAUCGUCAAAGUGGCAGCCACCAAGCCCAUCAUCAGGGCCGGCGAGCUGGGGCUGACGGUCCCGGCCGGAGCCAGCACCAGCCUGACGUGUGAGGCCAGCGGGUCCCCCCCCAUCAGCUACCGCUGGUUCCGGAGCACCCCGGGGGGGAACGUCCUGCUCCAGAGCAGCGGGGCCGAGCUGGCGUGGGACAGCCUGCGGCCCUCCGACAGCGGGAUGUAUUUCUGCGAGGCAGCAAACAGGGCUGGGGGCGCAGCGGGCCAGCAGAGCGACACCGUGCAGCUGACAGUGACAGCAGAUCUGCUCCCAACAAUGCUGGUCUCCAGGAUGGAUACUGCUCCAGAAGGGUCUGUCACGGACACAGAUCCUCUCUAUGAAGUUGCUUUCCACAGCACUGCAGGUGUCACGGCGCUGGAGGCUGAGGUGAAAGUCCCUAUUAAAUGUCUUCACAAGGAGACAUGUUCUAAUGCUGAAACAUCCAAUGACACUUUCACCGUGAAAGACAGGAAGAGUCCUGAGUAUGAGAACCUUGUGACUGCAAUGGAAUCAGAACAUGAAACAGAGGGAAUUUAGCAGAGUACCAGCUCUUCUGCAUGAGCAGCAAUGCAGGACUGCACAUACCAAAUGGUGCACUUAACAGGAGCAGACCCUUCCUCCUGUUGGUCUUCUGCUCUGAUAAAUGUUUCACUGCUUGCUUAAACCCAGAGGAGCUGCAUAAUCUUCUUGGGCUUUGGCAAACAAGGCCUUGCCCGCUGGAGCAAAAACCCUCAGCUGAGCAUUUGUCUAUCCACUUCUACAGAGUGAGUAAUUUCUGAGCAGCCUGAAUGACUAAGGUCAGGAAGAGAGGAUCUGAGGGACUUGGAACGUGAACGUCUUUAGUCUGCAAAUCCAGGAGUAGCUGGGUGCAAUGCUACCAGCCAGUAACAGCAGCAAGGGGUACUUUUCAGUGCAUGUUCCUGUUAGGACAUCCCAGGCUGCAAAGAACCAGGGAUUGUGCUGGAAAUGGACGUCCUCUGGCUUUUGCAGUACAGCAAAUACUGGUUUGCACA